GGUCUCGCGGUGUACCCUAGGCUUGGUUUAUCAGACACACCAGGAAGCCAGUUAGACGCUGCCUGCAUGCUUGCUUGCUGGCUGGUAGCGCGCGAAGCUGUGGGGGAGGACAACUGAGGAGCGUCGCGCGUUCCCGAACCCCAAAGCGAAUCCCAGUGUGAGACCUGAGUGUUUGAGACCAAACCAACCCUGGGCAGUCUGAUGAGAGGAAGCCGCCUGCCUAGUCCCGUGGGUACCAGUGAGCAAUGGAAAUCCUAGUGUGUGAUACCCUGCUUUCUCAAGCUCUAUUUGGUUGAUAGCGGAACCCAGAAGAGAACUAGUGAAUUCAAGUUUUAAGCCAGGAACCCAGAAGAGAACUAGUGAAUUCAAGUUUUAAGCCAUGGCCCAAGGACUGAUGACAUUCAGAGAUGUGGCCGUAGUCUUCUCUCCAGAGGAGUGGGAGUGUCUGAGCCUGGACCAGAGGAGUUUAUACAGAGACGUGAUGCUGGAGAGCUACAGCCACCUCAUCUCAGUGGGACUUUGUGUUUAUCAGCCACAUCUGUUCUCCUUGUUGGAAAAAGGACAAGACCCCUGGAUGAUUCUGAGAGACAAGACAAGAGGACCUUAUCCAGACAUAGAUUUCAGUCCUCAGAACAAGAAGUUAUUGGGAAAACAUAGCACAUAUGAAGAAUUAUCUCAAUGGGAAAUGAAGGAAUAUUUUAGAAAACACAGUCUUGAAGAUUUCUGUUUUGGAGAUGACUCGGAAGGCAAAAGUCAGUUUCAAAUGCAUCAAAAUCAGGAUUAUUUUAAGCAAUUGGCAGUCACCUAUGAAAAACUGCUCAGCUUGAACCAGGGUAUAGUUUUCAAUCACCAGAGACUUAAUGCAGGAGAGAAAGCAGUUGAAACUCCGUGUGAAAAAGCCCUCAGUGUGGGAUCUGACCAUAUUCUUCCUCAGCCAACUCACCCUGGUCACAAAGACCAUGAAGACGAGGAGCGUGGGGAAGCCUGUGUUCCUGAGUGGGAGCACACGCACUGUUGGCAAGCUCACCGUCCUAAGACACCUCAGCAAGGGAAGGAAUCUGCAGGGCCAUUUGGUGUGCCUCCAGGAACACCGGGCCUUCAGCGAGCUCACACUGGUGAGAAGUCCCAUGACUGUAAGGAGUGCGGAAAGUCCUUUACUUUGAAGUCAAACUUGACACGACAUUGCAGAAUUCACACUGGUGAAAGGCCAUACACAUGCCACGGAUGUGGAAAAGCGUUUACACAGAAAUCACAUCUCAUGUCGCAUCAGAAAAUUCACACUGGAAAAAAAGCUUAUGUUUGUGGAGUCUGUGGAAAAGCUUUUCACUGUGACUCAAGCCUGACCAGUCAUCAGAAUAUUCAUUAUCAUGCGGUUGACUCUGGCAGGAAAGCAUACGAAUGUAAAAAAUGUGGCAAGGACUUUGGUUGUCAUUCAGGUCUCAGUAAUCACCAGAAAAUCCACACUGGAGAGAAACCUUAUAAAUGUAAGCACUGUGGAAGGCUUUUUAGGUUUCAUUCACAUCUUAGAGCGCACACACGAAUUCACACUGGUGUGAAGUCCUAUGACUGUAAGGAAUGUGGAAAAUCCUUUAAUUUGAGGUCAAAUUUGAUGCGACAUUACAGAGUUCAUACCGGUGAGAGGCCAUAUACAUGUCAUGGAUGUGGAAAAGCGUUUACACAGAAAUCACAUCUCACGUCACAUCAGAAAAUUCACACUGGAGAAAAAGCUUACGUAUGUGGAGUCUGUGGAAAAGCUUUUAGUCGAGGUUCAAGCCUGACCAAUCAUCAGAAUAUUCAUUAUUAUGUGGUUAAUGCUGGCAAGAAGGUAUAUGAGUGUAAAGAAUGUGGCAAGGGUUUUGGUUGCCAUUCAAAUCUCAGUCGCCAUCAGAAAAUCCAUGCUGGUGAGAAACCUUUUAAAUGUGGGGACUGUGAAAAGGCCUUUGGUCAAAGAGCACAUCUUACCAAACAUCAGAGAAUUCACACUGGUGAAGGCCCUUAUGAAUGUCAGAGUGUGGUAAAGUUUUUCCUUGAAGACCACAACUAUGUCGACGCCAGAAAAUUCAUAUUGGUGUGAAAUGAUGGAAUGUAUGAGGAAUGUAGAAAAGCCCUUAUUUGUGGCUUGUAUUGUACCCACACUAGAAUAUUCACAUUAGUGGGAAGCCCUGAGUCCAAGGGAUGUGGGAAAGCCCCAGUCUGGAGCUCAGGCUUUACUUUCAUCACCAGAACAUUCAUACUGAGGAAACAAAAUAGUCCAAGGAAUAUGGAAAGACUAUUCACUGUUCAAGGCUUAAAUCAUCAUUAGAAAAUGUGUACUGUGGAGAAAGCUUAGCAACCAGGUGUCACUACCACCUACCUCAGGGAUCCAGCGACAGCAGGAUAUAUCAUCGCUCACUGCCAAGAUGCAACACAUGACCCCACAUCCUUCCCAAGCACACACACAACAUCUUCUUAUAAAAAGCCAGUGCCUCCUUGUAGAGAGAAUCCCUUGUGUCCUGUGUGGGAUCAUCACCUGUCAAUAAAUAGCUGAUUCUCUAUUAGCUGAAAUAGAAGGAAAUUAGCAAGAGAUAGAAAGUGGGAUGUCUGGCAUCGAGAGAUUUGAACUUAGGGAGUUAGACGGAGGCAGAAGAGUCCCUGAACUCUGGAGGAGACAAGCAUGAAACUGGGGACAGGUAACUAACCCUAUGGAGGACAGAACAGUUUAACAGCUAAAUAAGGGUCAAGUUAGUCAAGGGACAAGCCCAAGCUUAUCGCAUAGGCUUAACUCUUGGAGUCAUUAUUCUAGAAACAAAGAGGCCAGGCCAGGUAGAAAAAGCUCAAGGCUGCACCUCCUCUCCCUGUUCUUUUCCCCUCCACCCUUGCCCAGAAGCCACCUUUGUAUGUUCCCUCCCCAAUAAACCUCAGAGGUGAGACCUGUCACAUCACCAU